GCCAAUGGCACGCUGCUCAUAAACUAUCACUGCCGGGAAUAUUAGGCCGUAUGACCACAGAAAAUGAUCUGACAAAUAAAAAGCCCUUCUUCAAACCUACCUUUUUAAUUUUUCGCACACCUUUGAAUAAACCCGCGAUGGGUUUAAUAUAUAAUACCACCGUUGGCACUGUGGAAGCACUUCUUGAGGCUGUUCAU